AGUUUGAUGCUGGCCAAGGCCAAGGAGGAGUGGGAUCAGGAGAUUGUGGACAAGCAGGCAGAGAAGGAGAGGUACCUGUCUGAGAGGGUCACCCCACUGCACACCAGCGGGCUCUCCCUGAGCCAGCUCCAGGACCUGUGCAGGGAGCUGCACGAGAAGGUGGAAAUUGUGGAUGAGGAGAGAUACGACAUUGAAGCGAAAUGCAACCACAACACCCGGGAGAUUAAAGAUCUGAAAAUCAAAGUCCUCGAUCUCCGGGGCAAGUUCAAGCGGCCUCCCCUGCGCCGGGUCCGCGUCUCGGCCGACGCCAUGCUCAGGGCUCUGCUGGGCUCCAAGCACAAGGUGUCCAUGGACCUCAGGGCCAACCUGAAGUCUGUCAAGAAGGAGGACACCGAGAAGGAGCGCCCUGUGGAAGUGGGAGACUGGCGCAAGAACGUGGAGGCCAUGUCGGGCAUGGAGGGCAGGAAGAAGAUGUUCGACGCUGCCAAGUCCCCCACGGGGCAGUGA